GGUGAUUCUGUCUUAGAUUCUUUAGAUAAGCGCAAAUAGUGUCCCUACUCGACCAAAUUUUAUUGAUGUUAGAUGUUAUAUGACGGGUGUCGCGCCGUUUUGUCAUUAUUUAAACGACGUGUUGGACCAUUUCGUGUAAACUGGUGCAGAUGUACUUACUUAUAGAGGAGUUCCUCUAUGUCAUCUACAGCAAACGAGACCUCCAGAUUUUAUAAAGAUACACCAAUGACAUCUGUGAUAAUACAAAAACUCAAAAAAGCUCAGCAACAAGGAAAACAAGAUAAUCGGACUAUACAGAGGUCGGUCGGACGAAAUAUCAGUGAAUUGGAAAGAGAAGAAAAAGAUUUAGAAAAUUUAAUAAGAAGCGCUGCCAGGCAAAACGACAGAGGAGCUUGUGCUAUGUUAGCACAAGAGUUAACUAAGAUUCGUGCUUUAAAGUCUAGAAACUCUCGUUUUGCAGACCACAUGAACAUUGUGCAGAAAAAACAAACAACUUCGCUGUACGCAGCCAAAUAUGGAGAAUCACUUGAAGCGGCUGCAACCACCAUGAAGAAUUUCAACAAGGUUAUGGACAAAACGAAGGUCCCUGAUCAACUAAAACAGUUCGAUAAAGAAGAAUUAAAAAUGGAUAUGUCUGAAGAUACCUUAGACACCAUGCUAUCUUCACUAUGCGAAUCUGAAGAGGAGGACGUUGAUGAGUACAUAACAAAAAUUUUAAGUGAACCACAAAGUCACGUACCUGAUGUGUGGCCCUCUGUUCCUGAUACAACUUUAGAAAAGUCCAGUUCCAUCUCCAGAAAAUUUCGUGACAACAUAGUUUAA